GGCGUUAGUCGCGCGCAGCACGGCCCCUCCCUCAGCUCGGCCCGUUGGGAGCGCGCCGGGAAACCCCGUGCAAGCGCGGCCGCCAUCUUGGGGAAAGAGUGAAAGCCCGAGCCGAUAGGAAAACAGAGAGACAGCGGCUUCCGGAGGCUGAGGGAGAGACUGACUGACUGACUUGACUGACUGAGAGAGAUCGGCAGCCGGCAGCAGGGAGCAGGGAGCAGGGAGGGGCUGGCACACACCGAACAGGUAACCCCAAUAUACCGCUCCCCGAUACCUGUCACAUCUACCCCAAUAUACCGCUCCCCGAUACCUGUCACAUCUACCCCAAUAUACCGCUCCCCGAUACCUGUCACAUCUACCCCAAUAUACCGCUCCCCGAUACCUGUCACAUCUACCCCAAUAUACCGCUCCCCGAUACCUGUCACAUCUACCCCAAUAUACCGCUCCCCGAUACCUGUCACAUCUACCCCAAUAUACCGCUCCCCGAUACCUGUCACAUCUACCCCAAUAUACCGCUCCCCGAUACCUGUCACAUCUACCCCAAUAUACCGCUCCCCGAUACCUGUCACAUCUACCCCAAUAUACCGCUCCCCGAUACCUGUCACAUCUAAUGGGGCCCAGACCUCCCUCAAUAACCUGCUCCCUGUCAGUGCUCCCUGUAUGGGGCCUGUCACCCUGUACAAGCUGUAACCAGGAGAGGGUAUUACCCCGAAACUCAUGAUCUACCCUUCAAUGUGCAUCCCAUGAUCACCUACCCCCUGACCCCCAUGAUCACCUACCUCCCAUACACCCUGCACUCCAUGAUCACCUACCUCCCAUACCCCCUGCACCCCAUGAUCACCUACCUCCCAUACCCCCUGCACCCCAUGAUCACCUACCUCCCAUACACCCUGCCCCCCAUGAUCACCUACCUCCCAUACCUGCCCCAUGAUCACUCCCACUCCCAGCCCACCCCCCUGCACUCCAUGAUCACCUACCUCCCAUACCCCCUGCACCCCAUGAUCACCUACCUCCCAUACCCCCUGCACCCCAUGAUCACCUACCUCCCAUACACCCUGCCCCCCAUGAUCACCUACCUCCCAUACACCCUGCCCCCCAUGAUCACCUACCUCCCAUACACCCUGCUGCACCCCAUGAUCACCUACCUGCCAUACACCCCUGCACCCCAUGAUCACCUACCUGCCAUACACCCCUGCACCCCAUGAUCACCUACCCCCCAUACACCCCGCACCCCAUGAUCACCUACCCCCAAUAUACCCCGCACCCCAUGCUCACCUACCCCCAAUAUACCCCCCAAUAUACCCUGUGGACAGUAUUAAUCUGCAUCACAUGAGUUGCCCCCCUCUAUACACUGAAAGAGGGUAUUGUUACCCAGCACGCCUCUAAUCUGCCGUACAGUCACUGCCCCCCAUCUGUAAAACGAGAAGGGGUCACCCCUCUAAUCUGCGCUAUGAACUCUGGCUCCCUUGCCAUCUUGAUCUACUCCCUGCUGUGACCUAUGACCCCCGUGCCAUUAACCCACAUUGCCACAUGUUAGAGAGUAUCCCUGCUAUGAUGUCCAUAUCUGCAUCGUGCACCUCUCCUGUCUGCACUGUCAUGUGACUUCGAAUACCCCCCCAGCCCCCCCCUCUCUGUAUCCAUGGACAGUGUCAUUCUCUCUGUGCUGUAUCCCUCUCUGGCCAUGGUGGGGUUAAUCUGUGUGCACCCCAUUCAUCUUCCCAGGCUUUGUCCUGUCACCUCUCUACCCAGUCAGAGAUUAUCCCAGGAUCGUGCCCCCCAUCACUGUGUUAGAAACUGCCUGCAUUGUAACAGGGGCUGACAGUUUCCGGAAGAGCCAGAUCCCGUGAUCAUGUUUAUGUUCAGGCCCAGCAAGGGAUCAGUGCUAGCUAGGCCCCAAGCCUGUCACCACCUUUAUUUACCUACAGCACUACAUUGUCAUUUGUGUUGUGUUUCCAUCCUGGAAUUGUCUUGUGCAGAGUGAUUUGUCACUGAUGUAUUAAAGCACACGUUAAAAUCUGAGCCAUGGGCAAGCCACCCCAGCCCCUCCUAGUUUGGGAAGGGACAGCAAUGCAAAUUCAUGCAGCUUUUUAGGGAUGGUGCAAGUUUGGUGUGAAUUUCUAUGAAAUGGCCUCAGGAUCCCGAUAGGGUGUGCCCUGCUUGGGUUAAGCUGGCGAUUUUUGUGAAUGAAGGCCAGAUGAGAGUAUCCCUGCUCUCUGUGUGUGGCAUUUUAUUAAAGUGUUGCAGAAUUCAGAAAUAUCUGCAAUCCAUGCAACACCCACCCUACUUACCAAAAUCAUAAUAAAUUACUUUAUAAUCCAAGUUUAGAAACCCCCUUUGUGUAAUUGUAUUAAUGUUAUUAACACUCCUGUUUUCUUGGGUAAUUUGGGGGAGAGGAUACAUUAUUGCAAGACCCUUCUUGAUUUUUAUUGAGGACAGCAUUUGACAACUUUGGGGUUUAUUGCCUAAACAAUCUGAUUUGCAAAAUAGGGCUGAAAUAGCAAAGCUGAGACAUGAGCCAAUUUUGAGAAUUGUUACAAAUUUUGCCUAUGAGUUUUGUUGGGCAACAGUUCUGUAUUUUGUGAAUAACUGCUUUUAUCAAGAUAAUUUUGUUGCAAUCUAAAAUGUUGCUCGUCUGUCAGCACAAAUUGAUAUAUACGGUCACGCCAUUUCUGUGGCCUGUACAUGUUUAUGUUCACACGUGGCUGCACCCUAUAAUAUUUGAACAGAGAUCUCUGAAGUGUAAAUUUCAAUGUGGAUUUGCAACCAGUUGUAGUGUUUGUAGCAAUAAUGUGUAACACUUCCAUCCUAUUCUGUCCCUUGUUUUUUCAAUAAAUCUGCAGGAGCCAGGAAGAGGUCAGUGCCCCUCAGCCAAUCCUAGCCCUCUUUUAUAUAGUGGAGUUGUACACAUUCUAUAACCUGGGCAGAUGUUAACGGGGGUGUGUGUGCAUAGAGACAUCAUUUAUUCUUAUUCACAAGGGAAACAAAAAAUGACUGGUGUAAUUGAAUGCAAGAUGGCAGAGGGCCUUGUGGCAGUGUAUAUUUUUGCCCUAUAUGAAAAAUCAGAUAUAUUUGUGCAUGUGCAUCUUUCAGUACACCACAAACAUUUAAAUACAGGAUUUUUCAUUCUUUAGACAACAAAUUGAUGCUUAGGUACAAUCAGAUUAUGCACCUGUCUUAAUACAUUGUUGCGUAUUUAUACAUGUUUACAUUUACACUUUUUUUUUUUUUUUGUCCGUUGCAUACUUGUACCAUAAAUGCUGAUUUAAGAAUUGUAUUUUUACUCCAUUUUGAAGGGGCAGUAUAUGCACCAAAACUCUAAAGUGGUUAUGGUGUCAAUAGUCCCCUGAGACUUUUCCACUCGUAAGAGCCAUACUGUUUCAAAUGGCCUGAAACUGACCUGGUUCCCCAGGCUGUUUCAAGUCUGGCCCUUCUUCAGUGAUCACGAUAAAGCGAGAGGUUUGCCUUCUGCUUUAGAAAUGUAUAUUUUGCCAAAUUGGGUUGGAAUUCAGCAGCUCAUGAUUGUUAGCUGGCGUUCUCAACCAAUGAGUUCCCUCCAAACACAAACUGUUUAAUAUUGGUAGUGCAAAAUUAGGAACUCUUUUGCUUUAGUGAUUUCAGGGAAAACGGCUUGGCAAUGACAAUCUGUGGUACCCAGGUAAUUGUCAAACUGUUCAACAAGAAUUGGACUUUUAAAAGUCGAAUAGAGCUGGUGACGCCCUUUAACUUCUUUGCCUUGGCUUACCUUUUGCAUUGAUGGGCUUGUUAAGGCUUUUGGGAUGUUUUUACAAUAUUAUCUUUUCUUUCUCACUGGAAAACUGUGGAGGGGGGCAGCAUGAUUGACACAUGUUUUGACCCCUCUAUGGGAGUGAAUGCAGUAAUUGGCUACCUGCCAUGGAUGUGCAGGGGAACAAGUCGUCACGAGCAGCUAACACUCUUUGUUGCUAUAUAUUGUGUGUCAGAGGUGUUGUUAUGGUUUUAAGUUGCACAUAAUUUCUGAAAAUGCGAAACUAUCCCUACAAUGGUAGUGGAUCCUGCAGCCAGGAAGUCUGAAUUGCCGAUAAUAUGGAACAAAAGUAGCAUUUGCUUUGAUAUUUUCAGGUAAUAUUUCCAACUUUUAUGUGUGCACAGCAGUUACUGAUUCUGCAAUUACCAAGACAUUUUCCAUUAACCAAUUCUUUUAUUGACCUUGUAAAUGACUGCUUCCAGCAUUUAUACAAUCAUUGUCCACUGUAUUUGUGAAAUAUGGACUUUUUACCCCCGAUAAGUUUCUCAUCGCACCAUAUAAUCUUGCUUAAGCUGUAGUUUUUUAUUUAUUAUAUAGUAGCUUGAAGAAAAAAAAAUACCAAACUAAGCACAUUUACACCAUGUACUGCCAUGUUAUAUUUUCAUGAAAGAUAUAGUUUAAAUUGGAAAUCAUAGAAUAUUUUGUCUAAGAAUAUGGGUAAGUUGUCAAUUACUAUAGUAGGGUACCAGUGCAGUCUUGGCACCAUAACUAUGCCAGUGGGCUGUAGCAGUUAUGGUGCUUGGAGGGUUCCUUUAAGAGAGUUGCCCCUAUAUUUUCAAGUGUUAAAGGAAAAGGGUCCGCCGGGCUGGAUGGAGAGGAAGGGGUUAAAUUUACCUCUUUCUCCAGCGCUGGGCGGGGAGCUCUCCGCCUCCUCUCCUCCUUUUCGGCUGAAUGCUCAUGCGCGACAGGAGCCGCGCGCGCAUUCAGCCAGUCCAUAUGGACGCUGGCGUCUUCUCACUGUGAAAAUCACAGUGAGAAGCGCGGAAGCCCUCUAGCGGCUGUCAAUGAGACAGCCACUAGAGGCUGGAUUAACCCAUAGGUAAACAUAGCAGUUGUUUAUAAAAAAAAAAAAGGGGGUUAACUCUAGAUGGACCUGGAACCCAGACCACUUAAUUAACCCCUUAAGGACACAUGACAUGUGUGACAUGUCAUGAUUCCCUUUUAUUCCAGAAGUUUGGUUCUUAAGGGGUUAAGCUGAAGUGGUCUGGGUGCCUAUAGUGGACCUUUAAAUACCUUAAUAUUUUUUUGUUCUCCCUUGUAUAGAAUUAGCAGUAGCUAAGAAGGCAAAAAUAAAAGCAACAAAUUAAUUGGUUGUAAAUGGCAUGUGGAGUUUGAAGUUUUUUUUUUUUUUUUUUAAUAUGGGCUCUAUAGACAGGAUCUUAAAGUCCUUUUAAUAGAUUUGAUUUUAAAACUGUGUUUGUUAGUGUGGGUGCAGGAAUACAAAGUACCCACUGAUUGGCUGAGCCACUCAUUGAUCAGGCUAGAACUGUGAGAAUGUGUGGCAUUGCUUAUCUGCAUUGAUACAUGUCUGUUUUACAACUUGCAUCUUUAUUUGAAAGUGACAGUCCAGGCUGUCUCCUCCCAUGUUCUCAAUGCUUUAUUUAGAUUCUAGAUAAAGAAUUAACAUAUACUGAACUAAAGGGACACUAUAGUAACCACAACAACUACAGCUUAAUGUAGUUGUUCUGGUGAGUAUAAUCAUUGCCUUCAGGCAUUUUCAGAGAAAAGGCAAUAUUUACAUUUCCCCUGGGGACACCUCCAAGUGGCCAUUCUUUAGAUGGACACUGGUGGUGCUUCCUGGCUCAGUGCUGCACUGCCAUUCAGCGUCUCCAGGCUCUGCAUUCAAUGCAUCUCUAUGAGGAGGUGAUGAUUGGCCAAAACGGCAUUUGGCUCUGUCUCCUUGCCGAUUUCAGCUAAAAAUCGGCAAUUAUGAUGUCACCGAGGGGGCGGACCCACGCAGCGCUGCAAUUAAGGUGUUUUAAUUCCUUUUAAGGGGGCUGAGGCGGGGCAAGCCACCUAAAUGGUGGGUUAAACAUAUAGGGUUAGGAAUACUUGUUUGUGUUACUGAUCUUUAAAGAAAAAGAAACUCCUCUCUGAAUUAUGCUCCACUACUAGCAAUAUGCAGCUUAACCAUGGAAUGAAGUUCAGCACUCUACAGCAGUUACGUCCUUGAGAAUACAUCAAUGGAAGAUCUGCAAGUUAUUUCUUUUUCCUUUCCUGAAUGGAUGAGCUAGCUAAUACUUGCACGAAAGAGCCUGCACACGGUAGUUGGGAAUAGAGUUGUGUUUAUAAUUCUUCCUCCUGUGGCGGAUGUAAUCUAGCGGAUGAUGUGCUUAUUGCUAUUGUGAUUUUGUAAAUCGCAUCCAAUCAAGAGAAUGUAAUAUAAUGAAGGGAUACCUGGGUAGUAGAAAUCCUUGCAUCAUAACAUAUGCAAGGACUAUAGGCAUUUAUGGGAAUGGAUGGGUUUUACAGCAGUGUUAGACCCACGGAUGUCAGAGCACGGCUGUACCUGUCCAGCGAUCAGAGGCCAAGUAAAACUAUAAUUGCUCCCAAGGAAAACUAAUCCUUUUAUCUUAAUGAAAAACCAGAUCUGGCGAUUAUAGCAGGGCUCAAAAGUUUCACUCUUCACUAGCCAUUGUUGAGGGAAUAUUUUGCCUCGAUGAGUAGAAAUCCACUCUUGGUGGGUUUGCUAUGGCUUGCAGCGAUGCGUAACUUUUAAGGCUUGGCCAGUAGCAAAGAAUUUUAAACCCUGUGUUUAUAGCAUUGCUUUAAGUGCCAGAUUGACUUCCACAUUUGCGCUCAGUUCUUUACUAGUGUAGUUUGCAUUUACAUAUUUAUGCACUGUAGGUCAUUGUGUUAUUUUUGUUCAUGCACCAUCUAGCUUGGCACUUUGUGUAAAAGGGCUGUAAAUGCUAGAUCUUCGCUAAUGAGCAGGGCCCCUUGUAUUGGUUUGUUUAUGCCGCACUGUCUAUUUCCCCUGAUUGUACAGCACUCUGGAAUAUAUUGGUGCUUUAUAAACUGUCUAUAUUGCACAUGGUGUACAGAGCUUUGCAUUUCAAGCAUUUAGUGUUUACUUUCUCACAUAAAUGCUAUCACUUUUUGACGGUUUAAGCCAGAAGUUGUCCCUUUGGUGCCUGAAAACUCUGCCUCCUCCGGCCACCAAACAGGAAAGUUUGUGUUAGUCCCUGACUAAUGCUCUCAUCCGAUCACUGGUCGUCCAUUGUGAGUAAUAGUACAUACUGUACAUAGACUCUCAGCCUAUCAUUGGCUGUCAAAGCAAACCUUUCUGUAAUCUAUGGGAGGCAGAGCUGAUGGGUGCCAGGGGACCAAUAUCAGGAUUAAAGUAUUCAAAAACAAUUUACCCAUGAAGGUAAGACAGAACCCGGGCACUCCUACCACUGUAACGACAUAUGGGUUGGGAGUGUUUCUUUACUGUUCAUUUAAAAGUUGCACAAUGGCAAUGUCUUUUUUUUUCCUGUGGUUUUUGGUUUGGUUUGCUGCAGCCGUUAGCAUUAAACGGCAGAUGACGGCAAAUAAUCGCAUGACAUUUGUGUGGCUCACUCUUGAAAGUUAGAAGCUUAUCUCAGAGCAAUGAACUGCAUUGUUUAGGUAAUGAGUCAAUGUAUAUAGUUAUAAAAGGUUUAAUUCUGGGAGUCGUGGUCAGUUGACCAGGAAAAUACAGAUUUACGGUCAAAGUGGCAUAUUUGGAAAAUUUCUCCAGGUCUUUGUGUUUUUUUGUUUUGUUUGUUUUUCACCUUUCUCUUCAUAAAAUUUGCAGUUGCCUUGUAAAUUCUCCACGUUUACUGAAAAAGCGCCCGUGGUGAUUGGAAGGGAGGGGAUCUGCGUAUAGGAUUGUUUUCCGGUCUGAUUUGGACAAGAGCAUGCUGUUACUGCAGGAGCGUUAGUGCUGACUUUCCAGAAGAGGAAGGCCAUCUGUCACUUAUAACAGGGAAUGUAGAGCUAAUUACUAGUUACUUGUAUAUGGUAAAUUAUUGAAAGAAGAAAUGUCACUUUCAGAGAAGUGACAGUUCCUAGUUAAUUCACCACAGUAAAUGUUUUUAUUUUUUACUGGGGCGCAUAAAAACUUGGCUCCGGGGGCGAGAAUGACCAGUGAGGUAAGCAGACGCAUGCUGCAUGAGCUCCCGCUACUUUGAGCUAUUACCUUUGUUUUUGGUUGCUCCACGCAUCAGGUUGAGAUAUACCGGACUGCCAGAAACUCCAGCACGCUACGGAGAAACACUCCCGAAAAUCCUGGGGGCCCAGUGAAGAGCAGAUCAGGGAAAUGUGCCUGCUGCUCACUUAGCCGAGCAGGCCCAAGAUGGUGGACCUCCAUUCAGAUUCGUUCCAGAGCUCGACUACGGUCUCAGAUGAGGAUAUUGACCUCUCGGAACCUCCAUCCCCACCCCACAGAUACCCGGGACAUGUCCAGCGACAGCCUGAACCCCUACUGGCCUCAAAGUCAGACCUCUCAAUCAUUGUCUCAGACCUAAAGGCCUUCUUUGCAUCUGAAUUAGUGCUUUUGGAGGACCUGGGCACGCUGAAAGGCCGCAUUAAGGCCACAGAAGAGGAUAUUCAAGACCUCAGAAUCAUUCAAGACUUUUCGGCAACACAAACAACCUCCGCUCUACCUGCGAGCACCUUAAUGCCAGUAUUGGGCAGCUAGAGGACAGCGCUCGACUACACAAUUUGAAGGUACGGGGGAUUCCAGACACGAUCGGGACCGAGCUGUUCCAAUUUAUUUGGAGGCCACCAAGAGAUGUCAUCCUGUGCUUUAGGUCACGCAGCGACAAAGAGGUGUUCCUGAAAGCCACUAGAGAUCCAUCACCAUACAUAUUUGAGGAGCAUUCUCUAACCUUCUUCCAGGGUCUAAGUCGACCGAACUUGCAGUGACGUACAACUCUGAGAGAAGUGACAUCCCAACUGCGAGCAGCAUCAAUCUCCUACAAAUGGGGAUACCCCAGGGCUCUCGUUGCCGAAAAGGAAGGCCGGAGACACAGGCUGAUAUCCCUAUCUGAAGCAGAUACUUUCAAGCGCUCCCUGAGACUAACGGCUAAUACAGCCACUAACAACCCGGUCAGGCCCUCUCACCAAUGGGAUGUGGCGAAUGUAGAGGUCUUCACCCCAUCGGCUCCUCCGCUCUGGGCUGAUCUCCCUUGGAGGGCAGUAAUACUCAUCUUACCUUGGCCUAACCCAUACUUUGUUUGACUUACCAGAGUCAUAUGCAAAUGUUUGAUGCUUUAUAAUUUUUUCUUUUUACGGUUAGUUUAUUGACUCAAACGCUACCAAACAGUCCACAGAGGCACUGACCGGUAACUCAUUUACAAGGCGUUCCAAGCUGGUCCCUUGGUACCUGUUGGGGUGUGACAUGAAUGUUAGUCUAUCUGUGCACUUUAAAAAAAAAAAAAACAAGAAUUUAAAAAAAAAAGGGAAAAAAAACUUGGCUCCGCUGCAUUUUCAUGUUGUGGCAUCUUCACCAUCCUAUGAUGACCCGGGCGUGCGCAUGCGUAAUUGAGCAUCUAAUGGAGAAUUUCCCAUGAACAUAAGGCUAUCUUAAAGGACUCUGGCACCAGUACAUUCCUGCUUUAAUGGAACAAUUCUUAAAAGAAUCACUCCAGGCACCAUUACCACGUCAGCAUACUACAGUGGUUAUGGUGCCGGUAGUGUCAUGACACUCCCAUUAUGAGUAGUAAAUACAUUUGAGUGUGGUUACGCAUCACCAAGCUUAUCUAAGAGAACUUUUGUUUUCCUGUAGCAGUAGUGGAGGCAAGGAGUAACGCCCAGCGGACCCCAGUUAGGAAGUCAAGCUGUUGUGGUUAUGGUGCUUGGAGUGUUCCUUUAAUGUACACGGAAAUCUAAACUCUAAAUUGCGGUAAUGUUUUACUAGUUUCCAUCAAUACGGUUGCAACAAAAUUGGCCAAAGAGGAUCAGUUUUGCGUACACCACCUAUGGAUCCUAACCAAACACCCAAAUAAGUUUAUUAUGUUUGCCCUCUGACCUGAUAAUGAGACACUGUACAGUGCUACAAUAAUUGGAGUGCUAAUUUUUUAUUUUCUCCUCAGAACCUAUUCUGUCAUUGAUUUUAUUUGGAUUUUUGUUUAAACCUGUUUUUGAGAAGGGUUUAACUGGAUGUUUUUACAAGAUUACUCAUAUGUCAAUCUGGAGAACUGGUUUACACACAUGUUUUAACCCCUUUCCUACCUGUUUGCUUGUAAAGUGUCUCUUCUCACAGAAUAAUUUUGUGUUUUUUUUCCCCCAGCGAAAGCGUUAUAGUAUGAAGGGUGAUAUAAGAUUUGGGUGAAUAUGUUUUUUGUCUUAAUGUAAACAGCACAAAAUGCCUGUUUAUAGCCUUAGUAUUUAUGCUCUGGCAGCCGUUAUGGCACCAUAGUGUGUCCUCAGUGGCGUGCCUACUUUGUGUGUGGUGGAAGGUAGCCAUACUUACAUGAAUCUUUCUUAAAAGGAUCUUACCGGCUUCUUUCUUCAGCUUCUUUAACUUUGUACGUAAAGAGCAGUGUCAUUGUUGUAAUCUCGCUCGUACGUGAGUACAACACUGAGAUCUAUGGAGGGUUGGGCAAGACCAUUGCUUCUUCUGCAGAACAAAGAUGGCAGUCUCCAUCAGCUCUUACCUGCCUCUUUGUCAAAUUUGAUCAACUUCGCCGUUGUCUCUAUUUGUGUGCUAUCUUUUGAUUGAUUGCGUUAGGGUUUCAAUGAAAUAGCGUUUUUUAUGAAAUGCUCAGUGUGUAGAGGUGAAAGAGCCACUUUAACUAGGGUUCCUUUCAAGGAUUAGUAAAUACAGGUAGCUUUUACAAAAUUCCUCCUCUGUAGCCCUGCACUCUGCCUCUGGAGAUGUCUGUAUGUCUACUGACGUCUUCCAUGAUCUUGUCCAAUUCACUGUUUCUCAUGAGCAGCAUUUGAUUGGAGGACAGAGUUUCUCUGUUUUAGAGGAGACCGCACCUCUAGUGGCUGUUUGUUAGACAUUUAACCCUGCAAUGUAAACAUUGGUUUUCGUACAAUACAGCAAUGUUUUACAAAGAACGAUUAAAAUGACAGGACCACUGCCCCAAAUGACAGGACGUUUAUGCAGACCAUCUUUAAAUUUCAUUCUUUUUUUUUUCCUCCAUCCUUCUUGCUGAAAAUCUAAAGGGUUCCAAAAGUUAUAUUUAAAUUUAAGACCAGAGUGGAAAGCAUAGCUGGCUUGGAGAAUGUUUCCAGUUUAGACCAUUACAGGGUUAUUCAAGGUGAAUUUAAAAUUUAAGGUCUAAAUAACCAACCUCUAGUAUUCCCCUUGUUCCUCUGGCCCUGGCAGAGAGGAAGCGCCUCCUCCUGGCCUUGUCCAGGAACACCAGAGUCCGUGCCGUAGCCCUCCCAUCUCCUCACCGCUGACAGUGACAGGUAGACAGGCCCUGCUUUAGCUUGUUGUGACAGCAACAUGACAUUCUUAGCAUUAUGGCAAGUCAUGUUAUUCAUCUUAAACAUGCUUUUACAUUGCAAAAUAACUUAAGUCUUUUUAUUGCACUGCUAGAUGAAUUUGUUAUGCUGGUAUAAGAAUUUAUAGAAGAACUUGGCAAAUCUUGUUUCUUCCAGUGAUUUCCUGCAAAACUCUGCCAGCGUAAUGUGGAGAAAUGUUAGCUUUAAUGAUGGUGUGUGUGUGUGUGUGUGUAUGUAUGUAUAUGUAUGUAUAUAUAUAUAUGUGUAUGUAUAUAUAUGUGUGUGUGUGUGUAUGUAUGUAUGUAUGUAUGUAUGUGUAUAUAUAUAUAUAUAUAUAUAUAUAUGUGUAUGUAUAUAUAUGUGUGUGUGUGUGUGUGUGUAUAUAUAUAUAUAUAUAUAUAUAUAUAUAUAUAUAUAUAUAUUUAUUAAUUAGCAGGUACUGUAUUUAAUCACUUUAUUUCUUGUAAAACAUGCAAUAUGAGCUUAUUUCAGUAAGGCCCUUCUCACUUCCUGUUACCGCAUGCCAAACCUCUUGUUUAACCAUGCCGUACAGAAUGUGUUAAAUGUUUUUGGGGCAUUCAACUGCCCAAAUACAAAAUAAACACUAUAUAUUUAGAGGAUAAACCCUAAAUGAAAACAUGCAUGCCUUUUUACUUUGUCUUGUAUGCUGCCUUUUUAAACCCUCCCCUUCUAACCUGCCAAGACUUUCUGUGGGUGUCCAAUCACAGACUUCCCAACGCAGCUCAGUAAGAAAUCUUUGCAUGGCAAGUACUCUGGGCAAAUAAUACCUCUUGAAUUUAGCUUCACUGAGUUAAAGUACCAGGAGGUAACAAGGCUAGUUGUCUGAUUGAAAGCCAGAGGUUGUAAUAACGUCAAUUUAUAAAAGUGCCAAUCUCUAACAUCUGCACAUUUUGUAAAAUGAGAAAAAGAUGACACACCCGUCACACACAAAGCAUUUCAGCAAGCUAAAGUGUCCAGAGUGUCCUUUUAAGUAGGUGAUCCUUAAAGGGACACUGUAGGCACCCAGACCACUUCAGCUCAUUGAAGCAGUCUGGGUGCUGUGUUCCUUUUGAGAAACUGCAAUGUUUACAUUGCAGUUCUAAGUCUGCCCUGCAGUUUAGUGUUAUGUAGAGUAAGGUAGUGAUGAUACUCAGACGUUAAUAACAAGCUGGUUAGGCGUCAGCAUAAACCAUAAUAAAUCUCAAGCCAUAGCUACAGUGAGAGAUUACCCUCGCCAUUUCUAGUGUGGGUGAGCGUGUAUAUGCCUUACUUUACUUAAGGUAACAGUGUCCACAUUAGGGUUGUCAGAGUCCAGACCGUUUGUAGGCUUCAGGAGAUGGGCUGGUGAGUGUGUAAGUAGCUAUCCUCAGCCAAUGCCUCGUGCAAACCUCCAUGGAGAGUCUGGUUCCCAGUCAGCUUUAGCGUUGCCCUCUCCGGUAUGCGGGAGCGUGGGUUGCCCUGCUUGUGGUGCAGGCGCUGUAUGUGUUGUGACAGGUCCCUGUCUCUCUGGCUCCGGGCUGUUAAGGGAGCUAGCGACAUCUGUCCGUGGAUCCUCCUCUGUCGCGAGGCUGGAUCGUGGGCCCUGGGGUUUCCGGCAUGCGGUCUUCCCCGCGGGUGGUUGGACUGCGGCCUGGAGAUUCCUCCAGUUGGGCUCCUGGCCCAGAAAAUGGACAGGUGUCCGCUGCUUCUCGGCAGAUAGGUUCGGUCUCAGGAGGGGUAGGCAGGGAUUUACGCUGGGCGAUGCGGUCCCAGAAGGCCAGGCAGACUGCGUCAAACCGGGCCUCAAAGGCCUCCCUCCAGUUCUCUUCGGUGUGGCCUGUUGGAUUGCACUGUGAAUGAGUUGCAGCGGCAAUGUUGAGGUGCCGCGUGGCUCACCAAGUUUCCUGGUCCGGCCUCUUGGCUCUAGUUUGUGGCAUGUGUGUUAGGCACCCUGUGUGGACCGGGAUAUCCCCCGCCGGUCCAAGGGGGGGGGGGAGUGGGAGGUGCGAGAUUAUAGCGGUCUGUGAGCCUGUUCUCUAGUGAAGAGUGGCUGCCUCUCCCCAUUUCGGUCCCAGGUAUGCCUUAGCAGGUUUUCAGGGAUCCCGGUUAAUGACAGGCAUGAGUCGGGUGUCAAAGUUUUCCCUCUGGUGUCCCCUCUUUGCUUGUUUUCCUCCAGGUAGUGGACGUGCUUGAUUUUGGGUUUUUUUUCCCCCCAGAAAGGCAAGUUUGGUCAGGAGCUCCACCCCCUGCCUGUGCCUCUUGAAGGGGGGUGGUAUAAAAAUUUUAUGUGAGACCAAGUGUCCCACUCAUUAUUGUUUUUAAAGCCCUCUCAUGUUUUAGUAGCACCCACUCCCAGGGCACGGACUAGUUAAUUAAAAAUAAUAAUCACUAGAACAAUUACAGCUUAUUGUAGAUUUUCCAAUGAGUAUAGUCGGUCCCUGCAGUCUUUUUAUUAUAAAACUUUUACAUUACAGCUUAGGAACACCUCUAGUGCUCUAGUGGCCACUCCUCAGACUACCACUGGAGGUCCUUCCUUGGUGCAGCACGGCGUUCAGCAUCUCCACGUUAUACAUGGAGACACUGAACUUUCCUAUUAGAGAUGCAUUGAUUCAGUGCAUAUCUAUGAGGCGAUGCUGUUAUUCCAGGGCGAUGUUUGGCUCUGCCCCGCCUCCUUGUCUGAGAUGAUUAGAGUUGAUGAUCUCAGCCAAUCAAAUGGUUUAAUAUGGGAAAGCUUUGUGAUCUUCUGAUGUGAACCAAGGAGGUGGAUUGGGGGCAGAGCCAGCCCCAGCAGACGUUAGCUGGGAAUAAGUGUUUUUACAGGCAUGGGGAGCUAACGUGGUCAGUUUAACACUAUGAGGCAGUGGUUUCCAAACCAGUCCUCAAGGCACACCUGUCAUUCCAGUAUUAAGAUGUGUCAAGGUCUUUUUUUUCCUCUCUAAAACACCUUAAGCACAACUGGGUAAUUCCUAAAUCCUGAACUGGUUGGUGAGCCUUGAGGACUGGUUUGGAGACCACUGCUAUAGGGUCAGGAAUAUAUGGUUGUGUUCCUGACACUUAUUGGGUCCUUCACCGUGAUCCCCCUUUAUGUGAUUAGCGACUUUUGUUCGUAAUUUAACCUCUAAAGGACACAUGACAUGUGUGACAUGUCAUGAUUCCCUUUUAUUCCAGAAGUUUGGUCCUUAAGGGGUUAAAUAACUUGGUUACAAGGUGGGAGCCGAAAACCAGUAGCUCCUUCCUUGUAGCGAGCUAAAUUAAAAAAAAAAAAAAAAACGAAAAUUUUACCCAACAAGCAAAUCUUUCUUCCUAUUAUUAGUACAAAUUUGCAAAUAGUCUUUUGGAUGAAAAAGUUUUCGUUUGAAAACAAAUGCCCAAGUCUAAUACACUUUUAUAAACUCAAAACGGCAUGUUCUAUUCCCAAAAUGACCAGAUUUAUUUACUAAAGUAAGAAUUGUCUGAAGAUUAAUGUGAAGUUCAAGGACAAACUAGCUAAACUGAAAACAAUUGACUAUUCCACUAUUUUGGCCUACAUUUUAAAAUUCACUGCAAAGUCUCACACUAGUUGAGCUGAGUAGUAAUCACUUUAUUAAAAGAAUCCUAAGCACAGUAUUAGCGCAUGUUCAUUGCAUUAAUGCAAGCGGUUUUGUCAGCCGUUGCUUCUUGCUAUAAUAAUUUAAUUGUAUGGUGAAUCAUAAACGACAUCUAUUACUAAUCCAGGAGCUGCUGUCUUGUAGGUAACAUGUCUUGUGUGCAGUUGUGGGGCACUGAGGUCUGUGCCUGGUGCGUGCAGUGGUGGGGCACUGAGGUCUGUGCCUGGUGCGUGCAGGAGCCUUUUACAGGAGAACUAAGCUGCAUUGUUUGACUUCGUUUUAUUUAUAUUAUGACUUCAGAGAGCUUAGUCUGUUCACUUUAAAUAUAUAGGUAGGACUGUGUGUCGAAACACUUUAUAGUGUUGCCAUGCUCACCAGAGAAACUGUUUGACCAUUCAUGUUUUGGUGAUAAUUUUCCUUUUGAGGGUUAUGGGGGAAAACAAACCCAGUAUUUAGGCAUCUGAUCUGUGUCUUUCCCUGCUGUCCUACCCUUUUAAAAAGCGAUAAUGUGCUUGUAUUGACCUGGAAGGAACUGAUUCUUGGUUGCUAUACUUUGCCUGUAAACGUUGCUACUUUUAUCAGCACAUCAGUAACGACAGGAUAUGAUAGAUGUGUUCUCUUUGGGUAAUAGCCAAGUCGUGUUCAAAUGUUCUUAUCUUCAACCUCAAUAAUGCUUUAUACUUUGUCUAUUGAUCAGUAGACAUGUGUUUAAACAUGCGGUCACUUUUCCUUUUUAAUACUGAAUAAUCUAAACCUUAUCCAUGUCUUCCCACCAAGACGUUCUAUAUAUCAUCAUCAUCAUCAUCCUGCUCAUUAAACGAAGACCCUGGUGUCCUAGAACUUGAUAUGAGCUUGCUGAAAUCUGUUAAAUUUUAUAAUUUAAAAAAAAAAUUUACAGUGAGGCGGUAUGGCUAAGAGGCAAAGUAACUCUAAAAUACAGUUGCUUCCUUUAAGGAGCUAGAGCUUUGCCACGGCAGACUUGUAGCGGUUAUGCUACAAAAUCCAUAGGUGCUCUCCCACUGAUAAGCUCCCUCCCUAUACAUUUUUUUUUGGGAGUGGUUUGACAAAGAAAGCAUGGCUUUCCCCAGGCAGCAACAGCCUGCUUCCUCUGCAGCAGUAUUUACACUUCCUCAUUACCAAUAUCUAUUUCUCCCAAUCUAGAGGACAUCAAUUGUCUGAUUACACUGAUUGGGGGCUGGUUAGUGAGUGGCUUGGUAACACACCAAUAAUGCAUUGCGCUCUGCUCACUGGAGGGGCUUUGAGUGGAUGGAAUUAAUAAUGGAAAGGUUAAAGCAAGAUGCCUUUAAUAGCCUUAUCUUUAGGAGACCUUUGAGGUUGGAACAAACAAGUGAUACAUUAAGAAAUCUCUCCCAACUCUUUUUAGUUGUAUAGUUUUCUCAAUUAUUUUGAAACUUUAUAGUGCAUUUGAUUGAACCAGUUUAACCAGCUUGGACUGCAUGCGAGUAUUAACAAUUUUGGAGAAGCUGGGAGGGAUCAAUGGAGUGAAAAUUCAAGCUUCCUUGCAGGCGUGCUCCUAGUGCUGCCUGCAGGGGUACAUGGGGAUUGUGUCUGCUGCCAGCGCACUUGGAGUAGUUAUGAUUCCUCCAGGACCAUUUCUAAAGGCAGAGCUGGUCAUGGAGGUUGGACUAACCCUUUCAAACUUGGCAAAUUAUUUCCUCUGCUGCAAAUCUUCUUGCUUUUCAGUUUCUCUAGCCGAGCAAUGGCGGAGACAUCCCAUUGUUCUCAGUUUAUGCACUUUGAAUAUCCCCAUUUGGAUUUCAGAGGUAAAGGGUUACUUAAAGCACCUUUACCAGCUGGGCCAUGCUGCUUGUAGUCUACAAUACGAAAAGCUGCACAUACGCAGAUAUAGCCCUGUAACUCCUCCUCAUACAAUGUCAUUGGCCAAUUCAGAGCAAGCUUUCCAGGCGAGUCAAUUCUGUACAUAUUGAAUGUAUUUACAUAUUGGCAGCCAGGACUAAUAGCCCACGUCCUCCCCUCAGCUGAACUUCUGUGAGAGGGAAUUACGUCAUUGGUUGAGGAUGACCUUUCAAAGCUAAGUUUUACCUUUUUUAUAAAAAAAGUAUAAGCAGGACAGUAAAGGGUUACUCUUACUGAAAAAUAAGCCAUGUUUAAUUAACACUGAUUUGUGGUUGGUGUAGCCCUUUAAGGCCACUGAUGUAGUUUUCACUCAUAAAUAAAACGGUGUAACAAGAUGAUCAUUGAAACCCUAUGAAAGUACUGAUACUGGUAGAGGCUAUCUCCUUGCACUAAAGCCUUAGUUUACUGUUAUGAUCUAAAGUAAGCACUGAUUGUACAUUUUCAAGCAAUUUCAGAACACUGCAUUCUACAAAGCCUGCUAUAUGUUGCUUAACACACUGCCAAAUAUUGAAUAAACAUCUUCAUUUUUUUUUUCUGCAGACCUGUUCAGUUAAAGAUUACAAAUCCUGUUUGUGUCACAGUAAUUUAUAAGGUAACCUCAUUUUCCCCCCCUACUCUAUUGUGUAAAUGUAAUGUUUAAUACAUCCAUUAAUAACACACUUGAGCAAACCUCAUAGAUUGCAAGCGCGUUUCAGAAGAGCCUUCACCACAUCUUGCCUGUGUUGUCUCCUGUGUAUCCUUCUGAGUGUAUGGCAUUCCAGUAGAAACUUAGAGGGACACUACACUUAACAGAGCAACUACAGCUUAAUGUAGUGGUUCUGGUAUGUAUAGCAUGUCCCUUCAAGCAUUUUUCACAGAAAAGGCAGUGUUUACAGAACUACCUAGGAACACCUUUAGUGGCCGUCACUCACAGUUAGUAGGGGUGCUUCCUGGGUUAGUGCUGCAAUGUGCUUCACUGAUGUUCAGCAUCUCCUCUGAACGCUCCUCAUAGAGUUGCAUUAAUUCCAUGCAUCUCUUUGCGGAGGUUUUGAUUGUUGCGGUGCAGCUUUUGCUAUAUAUGAGCAAUAGUCUGCCAGUGCUUUCCUGUGGGAAAGCAUUGAAUUGGCUGAGAUCAUCAAUUUUAUGUCAGCCAGGGAGGCGGAGCCCACAGUGGCAAACCCUUGCGGCACAGGAGUAAAAGUGAUUUUAAACCCUUUUUAUUGGAGGGUGAGGAGAUGCUGGCUACCUAAAUGGUGGUUUUAACACUGUAUUGUCUGGAAUACUUGUUUGUAUUCCUGACACUAUAGUGUUCCUUUAAAUAUAACUGGCCUGUGCAUACAACUUGACAAGCACAGGGUACCAUGCUGAUCUGGGAUUUAGUAUUCUCCUUCACUUUUAGCUUUUUUGUGUGGUGAAAACCACUUCUGGGAUUCCUGGUCUCCAGUGUUAAAGGGACACUAUAGUCACCUGAACAACUUCAGCUUAAUGAGGUUAUUCAGGUGAGAACUAUAGCUCCCUGCAGCCUCUCAUGUAAACACUGUGUUUACAUUGAAAGCUAGGAACACCUCCAGUUGCAGUCACUCAGAUUGCCACCAGAGGGACUUCCGAGUUGAUGGAGGCAUAAUUUGCCUCUAUCCACUCAGAUCAGCUGUGCACGAGCAUCCUGUGAUUCAGAAUCUCCUCCCUCUGCAUGCAGACAUUGAACGUUCAUCAUAAGAGAUUAAUUGAUUCAAUUCAUCUCUAUGAGGAGAUGCUGGUUGGCCAGGGCUGUGUUUGAAUCAUGCUGGCUCUGCCCCUGAUCUGCCUUUUUGUCAGUCUCAGCCAAUCCUGUGGGGAAGCACUGUGAUUGGAUCAGGCUAUCACAUGUCAGCAGACUGCUUUGUUUUUCUGAGUCUAACAGCAUGCAGGGUUACAGCUUCUGGCUUGAAUACAGUAAGAUUUUUACUAUAUUUAUGGAGGCAUGAGGGGCCCGGGGGGGCUAGACGGUGGUGUUAACACUAUAAGGUCAGGAAUACAUGUAGUUGCACUGGUGACUAUAGUGUCCCUUUAAAUUUAGCCGACUUACAAUUUUAGUCAACUAAAACAAUUCAGAUGACUAAAAUAUAGCUAAAACUAAAAUGGCUUUUUAGUCAAAAGAUUAUGAGUAAAACUAAACUGAUCUUGGUGUCCAGAAGAAGUGACAUUGUAGAAUUUCCUUGCAGUGCUGUUACAUUGCUGUAUUAGAGUGUAAGUGUGUUCCAGAAACUGUCUCUGCUAUUACAGCACGGAGAGACUGCCUGCUCUCUGCUGCACAACUGGGACAUAACUGCUGCAUCUCCUGAUCUCUAAUUACUGAUAACACAUGUGAGUAGUGGGAAUCGGGAGGAAUGCAUCAAUUAGAAUGUGCUCAACACAUGGCUAUGUAGUGUUGCAUACACCUCUGGCAUUUAAAGAUUAAUGGAGAUUCUAGGGAGUUUUGACAACCUUUGAGUCCUAGCAAAGCAUUUUAAAUAAAUAGAUUUGUUAUUCUAAGCCAUGUAUUCUUAAACCUUAUGUCGUUUCCUUCUAGGGCCACAAUGGCAACCGCACCUUACAACUACUCGUACAUCUUUAAAUACAUCAUCAUUGGUAAGUUACAUCUCAUUGGUGAUUUCUGUAUUUUGUUUUUUUUUUCUCCAUAUGACAACAUACACAACAUUGCUUUAGACUGCUGGUUACAGGAAAGGUCCCCUCAUUGCAAAGAAUUUGAAAGUCCAGUUCAGGGAACAUAGUCUUUGAUCUUUAUAGGGAGCAGUCCAUCCACAGAUCAAAUGACAAACUACAUUUCGAGCCGGGCGAUCUCUAGCAGUAUGGAUUGAAACAUAUUUUCUUGAAACUUUAUUCCACCUACUCAAGGAUGGAAUCUCCUAGGUGCAUGUACAUGAAAGGGACACUAUAGGCACCAAAACAAUUUUAGCUUAAUGAAGGGAUUUUGGUGUAUAGAUCAUGGAUAAAAGAUCUUGGAUAUUUUAAUUAUAUAACAUUACAUUUUGGACUUUUACCACGUGAGUGCAGCCAUUUACUUAUAUUCCUUGGAUUUUGAAGCUAUUGUUGGUUGGCACCUGGCUACUGAGGGAUAUUGAAGCGUGAGUGCAGGAGCAUUUUUGUUUUAUAUAUAUAUAUAUAUAUAUAUAUAUAUAUAUAUAUAUAUAUCUCUAUCUAUCUAUCUCUCUCUUUCAAAAUAUAAUAAAGUAACAUUUUUAAUGUUAGUGCUACUUUAAAAACCAUGAGCCUUACACCUCUGUAUGACUGCAGAAUUAAAGCCUCUCUAGGGAGUAUGUAGACUUGCUUUGCAGGCUUAGACUUCUCCAUUUGUUUCAUGAUAAUGUCAUUAACACACCUGUCUCAGCAGAUUGUGUAAUGUUUUACAGCUUCUGACUCAGGCUGAUUUAUUCCUUAAAAAUAACUUCCUGCAGAUUCAAUGAAUCACAUGUAGGAUGAAUUGGGAUGCAAUCCAUUUUUAUUUAUUUAUUUUUGAACACCUGCCAUGAUGCACACAGUGUAAAUCUAGUAAGGAUAGUGAUUUAAAGGAAAAAUGUUUUUGCAGAUGGAAGUUCCUUCUCUUUGUCAGAAAAAGGUCUGUGGAGUCUGUACACUUCAACCACUGAUUCCUUCUAAUAUAUAUAAUUAUAUUGCAAUUUACAGUAUUUGGCGAAAGUCAAUAUUUUAAAGGGACACUGCACUGCUCAAACACACAAAUCUACCAUCUAGUACAGGCAUAGGCAACCUUUGGCGCUCCAGAUGUUGUGAACUACACCCUCCCAUAAUGCUUACACCCAUAAUGCUGGCAAAUGGGAGGUGUAUUCCAAACAGCUGGAGUGCCGAAGGUUGCCUAUGCCUGAUCUAGGAGAUACAAGCAUGUAUGUUUUCACUAAAGGUGUAAUUAUGCGUUUUGUUUAUUGGGUUACAUUUAUAAACAGCGUGUAAAAGCUGCAGAUCUUGUGUCUGCAGCCUUUGCAAGUCCUCCUGUUUAAACCCUGCCCAGACUUUCUGUGGUUGUCCAAUCAGACUUCCCAAUGCAGCUUAAUGAGAAGUCUUUGCAAGGCAGGUGCUCUAGGCAAUUGCUGCCUUGUGUGUUUAGUUCCACUCAACUAACCAAACUAGGAAGUGUCAGUUUCUCUUAAUAUCUGUGUAGUGGACCACAGGUAACCUGACUGGUUACCUCUGCUAAUUCCUUCAUUCGGCCACUCUGGACUAUUAAAGCAGACAGGCAUCGUUCCCAGUAACCAGACGAAACAUAGCUCUGGGAGUCAACUGAACUUUAUUGGAACACCCACGGCUUUUAUGCGCAGUCCCGUACAUGGGGUUUACAAUAAAAGACAGGGGUUUCAGUCCCAGGAUCCUCUGUGCCUGAAAGAGAAUUGCGUGAGGAAACCUCUUUAAUUUAAUUAUCCCUCCGGUAUAGAAAUAUCUACAAUAGUUCCCCCACAAAUGCACCUUAUUAUUUCAAAAGGGGUUAGUUGAUUGUAAACCUUCUGCCCUUCCAUGCAAUCUAAAUUCCUCUUUGAUGCUCGGGCCCCAACAGAGCUAUUCUGGAAGGUGUGAGAAGUCACACAUAAGUGACCUGGAAGUCUGGGUUUCUGUACAAACCUACUCACAUCUGCAUAUGUCUUGAUUGACUCUUAGGUACGAAGUCAUUUGAUAUGGUAAUGCUCAUUAACUUUCAAGAACAAAAAGAAACCCUUGUGUUUCAAUAUCCUAUCCAAAAGGGACAUUAAUAUCUACCCACAGAUUGAUACUCAAGCCUCAUCUUUAUCAUAUCCAGAAUGGGACAAGCACAAUCUUCCAAUCAAGCCUAAACAUGAGUUGCGAACAAGGGGACCCCCACAAACAAUACAUUGCUAAAUAGCCCUGAUCUGAAAACAAUAAGCAGGCAUGGUACUCAGUGACUGCAUUCCGUCACAAUCUGGAAUUUUUGUAAAGUGAUAACACACUCUUUACACGUAAAGCACUUCAGCAAGCUAAACUGCUUUAGGUGUUUGGAUUGUCAAGCCUGCUCUCAGCGUACAUAAGCCUUCAGGCCUUAUAACGAUUUUGAAUAAUUGUUGUCUCAGUAAAAAAAAUAUUGUUUCGUUCUGUUGUAGUGUAGACAGUUUUCAGUUUAUUUUGUAUUUUUGGCUAUUGAAAAUAUAGAAUUAUAUAGCUGUAAUUAUAAAUACAUGUGCAUAUGCAUUAAUUAAUUUAUUAAUUUUUCCUUCUCUUCAUCCAGGUGAUAUGGGAGUGGGGAAGUCCUGUCUGUUGCACCAAUUCACGGAAAAGAAAUGUAAAUAUGUUUAAUUUAUCGCAAGAACAUGCUUUUCACUAAUUAUCUACCUAAGCCAAGAGGUAAAAUGCAUUGCUGUGUUUAGAUCUGCCAGGGCUUUGUCCCUGUUUGAUGGACCUAGUAUCUGUGGCUAACCGGGUUAGUACUUGGCUAGUUGUUAUACUGCUGCUGGAAACUGUCUGUUUUUAUACUGCCUGAUGUGGGUGAAUAAAACCAGACUUUGCUUUCAAUGCAUAUUGUAUCGGAUAUUCACAUUUAAUGAGCAAAUAUGAAUUGCAGCUGAAUCGGACCCUGUGAUAAGGUGAUCUUCUAGAUCUGUAGCGCUUUAUGUAAGGAACUAAACUCUUGGUUGUUCAUGUAGAAAAUGGAAAGUAAAUAGAUUAAAUGCACUUUGCAAAAUCAAGUUGUUAUAGCAAUUCAAUAUUAGUAAUAAAACAAACGUCCAGCGACGCUGUAAAAAUCUGCACCCUUUUUAAAGUUGCUUUUAGUGUUGCUUCCCGGCCUAUACCAGUCGCAACAGCCAGUAGGAGAAAGCUCCACCAUUGUACUAGCUAAUUGGUUGUCCCAGAGUGUGUACACCUUUUAGUACCUCUCUAAAGCAAUCUGUAUUGCACAGUAACCUGGCAUCUUGCACCUUAGUAAUAAUUGAUGUGUUUCCAAGCACCGCUGGCAAUAUAAUGUGACCCGUUUCUACACAGUGUUUUACAUUUUACGUACAGCUGCACAUUCCGAUUAACCGAAUGCCCUAAAUCUGCAGAUAAAUCCACAGGUGGCUCUCAAGCUACCUGGGAAAUGGCUGUGGCUGACUGCAUCAUGGGAGUUGUACUGUUAUUCCAAACUCUCUCUUCUCUAAACAGCUCUGCAUUUUAGUAUUUUCAUUAAACUAAUAUGUGAGUUAACAUAUUAAAGUAAAAGAUAACUGGAUACUCUAGAGAUUUCCUCAAUCUCUUCCUCUCUCAGGAUCUGUUAUUCUUUUCUUCCUGUCUUCUUUAGUUUUCCUUAAAAUCAUAAGACAAAGUAAGGACUCUUUGCCUUAUGGAGGUUUCCUCCGCUUGACCAGCUUUGACCAGCGGAGGAGUAAAGUGUGCUUCAUUUCCGCUGGUCAGAGCAAUUUUCCUAUAAUUCUUAGCUUUCCUCAGUGUUCCUGUGAUGCUUCCUGUCAUUUUAGCCGAAACUGCCGAAUUGCGUUCUAACUGAAUGAGAACAGUAUGUUUGUUUGUUUUAGAAGGCAAUUUGGCACUUUGUUCAUAUCGGAAUUUCAUUAGAAUGAAUGAAACUCCGAUUCAAUUUGUGCCACGGCUGCUUCGGUAUUAGAGAGCUAUCUACCAAAAGGCUGAAAUACAUAAAUUGGUCUCUCAGCCAACUUUACUAAUACUAAGUAAAGAUUACUUCAUAUUAGUAAAUGAUCUGCCCCUACUCGUUAUACCGCGAGUAGGGGCAUGUCUAUUAAAAAAAAACAAAAAAAAAAAAACAAUUGGCCCCUACCCCUGAACGGUGGGGGGGGGCCAUAAAUAAUGUGGGGGGGGGUGAGGGGGAGAAGACCUACUGUCCUCCCGCCCUCCACCCUUGAGCGGUGGGAUGGGGCAAUAAAGAUAAUGAGGGGGGGGAACCUAGUGUCUGUCCCCCCACCCCUGGGCGGCGGGUGGGGGCCCUAAGACAAAUCUCCUGCCUCCCCCCAAUCAAAGAGGACCAGGGGUCCACAAGCCCCUAGUCACCCACCCCCCACCUCCAAAAAAAGUUACCCCUUACCUACCCCCCUCACCCUAAAAAAUAGUGAGGCAGGAAUAAAAUAACUAACCUGUAAAGAAAAAUUAAACUUACCAUUUGACGUCUUCUUUUUUUUUUUCUUUUCUUUUCUAAAAUCUUCAUUUUUCAGCCCCAAAAAAGGGCAAAUAAAAAAACCACCAUACCCGUCGAACUUAAAAUAAUAUAAAAAAAAAAAAUCCAUCUUCACCCAUGGAGGGCUCCGCAGACUGAGCUGUUGGGGGGAGGGGAGCUUAUAAAGCCUUGCCCCGCCCUGCAAUUAGACUAAGAACACUCUAAUUGGCUUGUUUAAGCCAAUCAGAGUGCUCUUUGGAAUUUUCCCACGCUGUGUAAAAUUACACAAAGCACUCUGAUUGGGUGGCUUGAAAUCCAUCCAAUCAGUGUGCUUUGUGUCAUUUUACACAGCGUGGGAAAGUUCUUUGGAAUUUUCCCACGCUGUGUAAAAUGACAGAGCACUCUGGCUAGAUUCCAAGCCCACCAAUCAGAGUGUUAUGAGUCAAAUUACACAGCGUGGGAAAAUUCCAAAGAACUUUCCCACGCUGUGUAAAAUGACACAAAGCACUCUGAUUGGAUGGAUUUCAAGCCACCCAAUCCGAGUGCUCUGUGUCAUUUUACACAGCGUGGGAAAGUUCUUUGUCAUUUUACACAGCGUGGGAAAAUUCCAAAGAGCACUGUGAUUGGCUUAAACCAGCCAAUCAGAGUGUUCUUAGCCUAAUUGCAGGGUGGGGCAAGGCUUUAUAAGCCUUCCUCUGGCAGAGCUCAGUCUGCGUGGAGCUCUGCAUGGGUGGGGGGGGGAUUUGUCUUAGGGCCCCCACCCGCCUCCGUGGGGGGGAGAACAGUAGGUCUCCCGCCCAUUGUAAUUUAUGGCUCAAGGCAUGUCUACUCACUGUGUAGUAGACAUGCCUCUACUGGCGGUAUAGCGAGUAGGGGCAUUCGGGAGAUUUUAAUCUCCCUUAUGCUAUUAUGGGGGGUCAUUUUGACCUCCAUAGAGUGAGAGAGGACAUGGGGGGCUUAGGAACAUGGCUCCCUGCCGCUCCUAUAGUUACAUAUUACAAGGAGGGAGCUGCGUACCGGUAGCUCCCUCCUUGUAACAAACUGAACGAACAAACGAACACUGUUAUUUGGUGUUAGUUUGUUCGUCUGAUUUUUCUAUUCAUUCGUCUUUCUGACGAAUGAAUGAAUAGAUGAAAUUCCUGUUCGCAUGCCCAAGUGUUUCACUGGGCAUGUGCGGGAAUCUCAGUGCUAUCUAUUGUGGGCAGAUGACGUGUCCAACAGGGACUUCCUCUACCCACACAAAGAUGGCGGCGCCCUGAAUAUAGAUCGGGGCAGAAAAUAAAGAAUGAAAAAAUAGGUAAUAUGGGGGGCUUAGGGGCACUUGGGGAGGAUUAGGGGGUCAGUUAGAUGUAGUGGAGUCGGGAGGAGGGUUAGGAAAAAAAAAAGGGGAUUCGGCCUUGACAGUGCCGCUUUAAGGUUCAGUGUUUAAACUGUCUUCAAAUGGUUUAACACAGCAUAACUCAGCCUCCUCUCCAGUGGGAACCGGGGUUGCGGGCAGCUGAGGACCCUUGUCCAGAGUUAAACCAAUUUGAAAAAGUUUUAGCGCUGAAACAAGGAAUUGCACCAUCAAGAUGAAUUACCGUAUAAGACGAGUUUUUUUUUUUUGGCACAUUUUUUGUGCUGAAAACCCUCCACUCGUCUUAUACUCGAGUCAAUGUCUGUAUUAUGGCAACUUACAUUGCCAUAAUACAGACCAGGACCGCCAGGCUCAUUAGAAGCCCGGCGGUCCUGUUGGGGGCUGGCAGAGAGCUGUAACUUACCUUUCCUGCAGCUCCUGUCAGCUCCCUUCUCCUCCGUGCAGCUUCCACUAUAAGUCUCGCGAGAGCCGUGUGGUCAGAGUGUUGCUACGGGUUACUCUGCAUCGCACGCACGCACACACACACACACACACACACGCUCUGCAUCGCACACACGCACUCAUACAGUGCAUUCAUUAUAUACGAGUAUAUACGGUAGUUCUGAUGUCUGGAGUACCCGAAUAGGAUGGAUUUCUCAUGUCCAUAUUUGUUUGCCACUGGGAUGGACCAAGCACGGUUAUAGCUGUUUAAACUAUUUUUCUCCUUUCUCAAAUCUUUAUUGUGGUUUGUCUGCCAGUGGGUGAAAAAGUCAAUGCAUUCAUCCAGUGAUGCCUACUUUCUUUUUCUGUUCUCAGUUAUGGCAGAUUGUCCUCAUACAAUCGGGGUAGAAUUUGGCACUCGAAUUAUUGAAGUUAGCGGCCAGAAAAUUAAACUGCAAAUUUGGGAUACAGCCGGCCAGGAAAGGUUUCGUGCUGUGACUCGCAGCUAUUACAGAGGAGCUGCAGGAGCACUUAUGGUCUAUGAUAUCACUAGGUAAGUAUGCUCCAUCUCUUGUGUGAAAGAGUUCUUUCUGCCCUUCAUGUAUUCAUUAAUAUGUAAUGCUUUCCAGAGAUGCACUGCAAUGUGCGCUCUGUGAUAAUUUUCCCGCCCCUUGAUUCUGGAAUAAUGUAAUGAAUUAGAACCCCAUGUACAGAGCCCUGGGACUAUGGGUUUGUAACAAUAACUAGGGAUCUAAAGCUAUCUUGAUCUUCGUUUUCUGUUUGGACCUCCUUCCUGUGUUCAAUAUUCCUUUUCUUUCCCCCCCCUUUAUGAUCCCUUCCCACAUAUUUGUUAAAACAUUGCUAUUUGUGCCAUUAUCACAAACAUGACGUUUUAGUUUUUUUUUUUUUUUUUCUAUUUACAUAACUCUUUUUAUUUCUGUAUUUUUUAUGCUCUUUCUUCCCACGGUUGCCAAGCAAUUUCGAUGUAUUAAAUUGUUUUUUUGUCAACAGGAGAAGCACAUACAAUCAUUUAAGCAGCUGGUUGACGGAUGCACGGAAUCUCACCAACCCUAAUACUGUAAGUCACGCUCAGGGCUAUUGAGUCUCCAUGAUACCAGUGGCGAUGUGUUAGUCUGAUUUCCUACACAUAGGGCACUUUCCCAUAAAUACUGUGAAUUAAUACCAUUCACUAAUUUAGCAUGGCACACAGUAUUACUACCUCUCCAUUCUAGAAAAAGCGGUUUAUUUUUAUUCUACCCUUUUGAACAAGCUGGUUAAAUUGUAGUGACAUCAAAACUUUUCUAUUUGCUUUGAUUUGGCUUGCAUAGUGGGGAGAUCACAUCUUGUGGUCUAUAAUGUGUGUCUGAUUUUAGUUCUUUUUAUUGCAUGUAAGGUUUGAAACUUGGCCAGUAAAUAAAAUGGAAAAUAAUUUGUUCCUACCCACCUUGCUGUCUCAAAUUUUAGCCCUGCAUGUAGGUUCUGGCAGCAGCUUGUAGCAAUAGCUUGAAAUCAGAGGAACAUUAUGAAGGAGGGGAUUUAUAUUUUAUAUAUAUAUAUAUAUAUAUAUGUGUGUAUUUAUUAUUUUUUCUUUUUCUCUUUUCUUUCCGAUACAGGUUAUCAUUCUUAUAGGAAAUAAAGCGGACCUUGAAGCCCAGAGAGACGUUACUUAUGAGGAAGCUAAACAGUUUGCAGAAGAGAAUGGUACGUCACAUAUCAUUAAUCAAACCAAGCUAGUAAGCGUGGAGCUGUAAAGGGAUUGUAAUGGAUUUAUUAAUUGCAAUAGAAAAAUACAGUAAAGUGCUGAUCAUCUACCACUUUACCAUAUGACCAGUCUGCAAGGGCGGAUGCUCUAAAUUCAGACAUUGUUAAUCUAUUGCAGGAUAAAAACCUAAGGUAGUUGAUUGUCUUUGACAGACAGGUAAUCAGUGAGCCAUAAGCCAUGUGCUGUUUAAAUGGCUUUAUGAACCAUUUGUAAGUAAAGCGAUUCCAGUAAGUGGAUGCUGUGGGUGUGAGGGAGUCAUUUCUGUUAGACUACGGUUUCAUAUUUGCAGAUUAGCUCAAAGAAACACACUAAGCACCUAAACUAUUUUAUAGCUUAAUGAGGUGGGUUUGGUGUGCAGAUCAUGGCCCUGUUGUCUUACUGCUCAUUUUCUGCUAUUUAGGAGAUACAUCAUUUUGUUUAUGCAGCCCUAGCCCCAUCUCUUUGGCUGUUAGUCUCCCUACUCACUUCCAGAAAAAAUGAUUUCCAAGUUCAGAAGCCUUUGUUUAAUAUUAAGCAGUUUGCAAUUGAUAGGAGUGUAUUUUGUUUGUCUAUAUAGUGUAUGCGGUUUGUUUAAGGCUGUAAAGAUGACAUGCAUUUUAUUUCUCCCCAUUUUUAAGGUCUUUUGUUUCUUGAAGCAAGUGCAAAAACGUAAGUACAAACAUUGCUGGAUCCGGUGGAUAAACCUCUACAUGUGUAAACUUAACAUACAGCUUUUCCUUCAUUUGCAUCACAGUAUUUAACAAAUAGAGAAUUACAUUUCUGAUUAACGUGUUUCAUAAGUUUGGGUAAUCACAAUGCUUGAAAAUGGCAUAAAAAUUUGAAAUUGAUGUCCAUUCUGCAUCUGUAUUUGGCACAAUGGGCUUGGAUAUUCAUUUAUACUGAGACUGGGAGGGUACCACUAAAGCUUCUGUAUGUGAAAUGACAUACAGUAUUUAGAUGCUAUACUACCACAGUGCCUAGUGACCUUGAUCCUUGUUUUCCCAUAGUAAAGCUUUGGAUUGGCUGAGAUUGUCCAUUCUGAUUAUCUCUGCUAAGGAGGCGGAUCCAAAUAUCAUCUUGGCCAAUCAGCAUCUCCUCAUAGAGAUGCAUUGAAUUAAUGCAUCUCUGAGGAAUGUUCAGCAUCUCCAUGCAGAGGGUGGAGACCCUGAAUGUCAGUCACAUUGUGUAGCACUGCACCAGGAAGCACCUCUAGCAGCCAUCUGAGAAGUGGCCAGUAGAGGUAUCCCUAGGUUUUAAUGUAAACACCGCCUUUUCUCUGAAAAUUAAGCUGUAAUUGUGGUGGUAACUAUAGUGUCCCUUUUAAACGAAAAUGUGAUGAUAGUUGUCCGCUAUUGAACCAUUAUCAAGUAAACUUGUCCCCAGAUGCCAUUCUUCUAUUUAUACGUAGUUGAAAGUGUUGGCGUGAGCAGUGAGGGGAUGACGGUGAUUGGCUGAGUGUCACUUGAUGCACUGUCAAUCACUUCUGUCCUCUCUGCUUUUGCAUUCAUACUAGCAGAUAUAUAUCAAGUGUUAAACUAUUUUUGAAUGGUAUAACACUUAAAGGUUAGAUGGUGCCAGCCAUCUUCAUUGAUGUAACGUUGUUGUGGUGCAUGGAGAAUUCCUUUAACACCUAAUACAAGACAAGUAAUCACGGUAACCGUACAUUCGCCAUAGUUGUUGUGAUGGAAAAUGGAAGAAUUGCCAGUUGAUGAUUUCUCCAGCUGUCCCAGUGCCUCAGUUGUUGGGAUAAACCUUUAUGCCUUCAAUUGGCUGACAGGAUAGAAGGGACCGACCAUGUUUAUUUAAUUUUAUAAGCGUCUCUGAAUACAUUGCACCUUGGUUAUUUACCAAUCCUCCUUCUGCUUUACAGAGGUGAAAAUGUGGAAGAUGCUUUCUUAGAGGCAGCCAAGAAGAUCUACCAAAAUAUCCAAGAUGGCAGCCUGGAUCUAAACGCUGCAGAAUCUGGAGUACAACACAAACCUUCGGCUCCCCAAGGAGGACGGCUAACCAGCGAACCUCAACCCCAGAGAGAAGGCUGUGGCUGCUAAUGAAAUCUCUGUGGUGGCUGUUUCCGACUUUUUCCACUCCUGUCUGUCUGAUGCAGUAUUUUUUUUACUGCCCCAUUAUCUUCUGUACAUCGUACUGGUUUAAAUUAAGGGGGGGGAGGGACUCUGCUAAGACGACAGUUUAACACAAUACUAAACUGCUCCAUAACUAGAUGUAUUCAGGUUAUCAAAGCAAGUCGAGUAAUAAACACACAAACAACCUUUUCCCUGCAUGGUAUUAACGGUAAAAUUUAUUUUCCUUAAUUGUCUUUGUGAUGUCUGCAAUCAAUUGUUUAAAUAUAAGCACUGAUGCUGGACGUUGAUUUGCUGCGGGCGCCGUCUUAAAGUUUAAUUUUUCUCGUAACUAAGCCUUUCCUUCUGUGACUUGUUAACUCUGUCCACAGUAGCCAAUAGGUUUAUUUGCUGUGAAUGUACUACAUGGUUGACGAGGGGAUCCUGUAACUUUUUGUUUUUUUAUUUCUCUUUUGGGGCUACAACUACUUCUGUCUUAACUUUUGAUGGACUUUUUUUUUUUUUCCCUUCCUCCCAUUUCUUUAUAAAUAUUUUUCCUUGUCUCUCGUGUUCCAUAGCUUUCCUUUUUUAUGUAAAGAUUUUAUCCUUUACCCCCAACAAUUAUGUAAAACAAAGAAAAAUAUAAAUAAAAAAAAUCUAAACAUAACCCAAUGAUCUUUCCAGAGCUCCAAGCUAACAUUCUGUGUAUAUGAAUAUGAUUUUAAUGAAAAUAAAUUGAAUACUGGCAUUAGUAUAUGAAGAUAUGUCACUUUGUACAGUAUGUCGCCCAUUUCCAGAUGUAGCACAGUAGAUGUAAUUGCUUAUUUAUAAAUGCUUGGGCUUUUUCGGAAAAGAAAAAACAACCAAACCCCACCCCCUUGCGUUCCAACUUUUGCACUGUGGCUUCUAUUGUGAGGUUUAGAUUUCCUAUGGUUGAUUAAGCAGCCUCCUCCCGCUGUUUUUUGGUUUCUCUCCACCCCCCUCCCCCUUUCUUUCUGCCUUACAAUGUAUAGAUAAACUAAAGGCUGGGCUGAUUUAUUGCACAUAUUACCCAUAAUCCCCCCUUUACUGCAACAUGUUUAAAUAGACUUACAAGUUCUGCUUCUUUUAAGAUGAUCAGUUUUUAACACUAAAGUAGGAUGGUUUGUAUAACAAAGUGUUUUGUUCUGAGCCUUUAGCCUGUUCUUUUGUCAUAUUUCCAAAUGCAGUUUCUCUUGAUAAACUGCUUUACUUCUAGUGUACAUGAUUGCUCCAAUCAGCCUUUACAGCGAAGUACAUGAGAUUUGUUCUGACUACAGGAAGCGUGUAAUAUAUCAGGUUUUUAGUAUAUAAAGAAGCAGUGGUUUUUUUUUUUUUUUUUUAAGUAGGUAAAAAAAAAAUGCAAAGUCCCCUCUAGCAUGAACUUAGCAAAAUAUGCUUGUACCAUAGCAGCAACUGCCUGAAAGUGUCAUUUCUAAUAAAUCCAAUAUUAGUGGUGGGGGGGGUUCUGUUUUGCCCCUGGCACUGAGGGUAGUUAAAACUUGCCACUGAGCGUAUGAGACUGUUGUACCAAAAACUGGAACAUGAUUAUAUUGUGCAGUCCCUACCUAUAUAUAUUCUUUAUUAUGGGAGUCUCCAUGUCCAAUCAUUGCGCAUACUGUUAAGAGGGUUAAUGCAUUUUAACAUCCAAAAAAAAAAAAAAAGCAGAUGAGCCCCAAGAGAGGCCUAUCCCAGGGACCACGACCUACUGAUUGACUCAUUUUUGGAUCAAAGUUGAUUAUCUGCGCUUUGUUCUGAUUAUAUACCCCUAGCUUUUUACGUUACAGUAGGUCACUUGUUUAUAGCUAUCACUAAAGGAUUUGUUUGGUCUGCUGUACUUUCCCUUGAUGUAACAAAAUGCUAUUAAUCUUAAUAUUUGUAAAUAAAGUACCUGUAUCUAGAUAAUUUAUAA